AAUUGCAGUGCACCGCAUCACAGAGGAUCCAGGCCCUCAUCCACACUUUUGAAUCCAAGCGUUUCCCGCGUCUAUAAAUAGCGAAGCAUGAACUUCUCAGAGCUCCGUUUGUGUUGUUUCUGAGGAGUGAGGAUUGAGAUUUGAAGAGGACAAAAUGGGGAAGCGAAUGAGAAGAGAGAAGUCCAUUUGCUGCUGCAACUCUCCUCUCGCUGGUUUCUCCUGGUAUGUAGAAGACAUAUGGACAGAGAUUGCAAAGCACCUGGAUGGCAAAUCUCUGGUGAUGCUGGGAACAACAAAUAAGUGGUUCCACUGUCUGAUCAUGGAGGACAGUAUAUGGAAGUUUGCUUGUCUGCGUGAUCUCCAGCUACCAGAACCACAACACACAUUCCUCAAUUGGAUCAAGCUUUAUGCUUCUGCCUUCGAUGGAAGUCACUCUUUCAUGUUCCGUCAGCGGGAGAAACAUAUUGGUAAUUGCCCUUCCCUUUUUACUAUUGUAUGCGAAUCGAAUCCAAUUGCGCUCCUAGCUGAGAAGCUGAGUUGCCCCUUGAAAAUCCCACAAGGUGAAAACUUAGGGAAAACAUUGGAGUCAUGCGGCUUCUGCAUAUUGAACAAUAUCAAAACGGGGAUCUGGAUAGCUGGUACUUCUAAGCAUUGAAGGAUGUUGUGUUCAAUUACUCCGACUAGUGUCACUCCAGCUAAUUACAUAUUUUUCCUGGAUUUGUCUUUUCAGAUUUACAACUUGUUAGAUGCCCUGUCUGUGACCUCAACACAUGUGAUGGUAAGCAAGAAUCCAUCUAUCAAUAAAUUUGAACUAUUAAAGAGACAUUUAUGUUAAUGCUGGUUGAAGAGUUUGAUUGUAACUUGACACACACUGGGGCUAUUUGAGCUAGUUAGCCUAAUAUAGACAAAAGGCCAAACUUUACAGAAUGUGGAACACUUCCCAUUUUUGCUGAAGUAGUUCAAGGGGUAGGCUGUUAAUAUGCUACGGGCUAGGCAUAGAGAUUCUCUAAGGAACAGAUCUUGCAGCUUGCUCUGUUGUAUUCAUUGGAGGAUCAUGUUUGGCAGUUUAUACGGAAGUGAUUGAUCCACAUUGUUUUGCUUUGUUAGUAAAACCAAACUGUAAAUUCUGAAGCUAGAGGGCAACCAGGAAUGCACCCUAAUUAGUUAUUUCUUGGUUUACAUGAGGCCAAAUUCAUUAGCCUUCCAACAAGUA